ACACUUUACUGACACAAGUUAUUGAAGGAGAAGAAUCAACUAGUCUGCACAACAAGCCAAUCCAGUGUAUUUUAGUGAAACUCAGGGAUGACUUAGUCCGACAAUUCAAGUCUACUAUGGAUGACAUCAAGAAGGCCAAGCUUGACUCCCAGCCAGGUGAGGGCACCUCUUACAAUAGACUGGAGAGUGUUGAGUCAACAGGAAGUUCGGUGUACGGCGACUGUAUGUCUGGGGGCUCGGAAGAGGAUGAUGACAUGGAAGGGUAUUACAACGACUAUUACCACCAGCAGCAGCAGGAGGAGAUGGAGAAUGAAAACUCAGAAAAGAUGAAUGACUUGCUGGUAAAUGAUAUGGAACAUGUUAAAUUACUGUACGGAGAGAAGUCACUAUCAUAUAGGUUAUUAGGAAGCAUCUAUGAAGUUGAUGUUGAACUAAGCAUUCCAUUGUCAUUUCUAAAUGAAGAAGUAGCUGAAGCUUGGAAGCUCAAUAGGAAGGAGCCUCUUAUUGUCCGUAUUCACCUGUCGUCUCUCCAUUAUCUUGAUGUUAAAGAUCCACCCAAAGUUGAAGUAUUCCAGCCUUCCAAGAAGGACAAGUUUGGUGUUGGUAGUCAGUUGAGAAAAAUAUUGGAGGUAUUCCUAUCGGACCAAUGGAAGAUUCUUAGCAAUGCCUCCCUGAAGACGGCAACAGCCCCAAAGUCAUUCAGUGUUCCAUCAUCUUUAUCAUCCAUGACAUUACUGGCAGAAUCAAGAGAUGACAAGGACCCUGACCCUUUCAAGGUGGAGGACAAUGCUGUAGCACAGGUAGUAGAGAUGGGCUUCUCCCCUGAGGUUGCCAGGAACGCCUUGAUCAUCACACGAGGCAAUGUGCAAGAGGCCCUCAACUUACUACUUACGAACCCAGAGAGUUGUACAGAUUUUGAUAUCUUGUCUCAAAACCUGGAGAAGAAGGUGAACAAGCCUCUCAUACCUAAAGUACAUCCGAACCGACAGUAUUCUCACCCACCCGUGCCUUGUUAUAUGAAGAAACAUGCGAAACGAAAAUCAGGUUGCAGUCGACAGAGAAGCAUUGCAUCAUCGUCUACAUCACCAAAUCUGUGUAUGCCACCCAUGGAGGAUCUGUCUCUCCUGCCGUCCUCAACACUAAGUGGGAAAAAUGCUAAACAAGUGCCAUGUCUACAAGAUGGCUUCCUUGUUCAGGUGUUCCGGUAUGUCCGACAGAGAAUCCCAACCCUCAAUGAGUACUGUGUAGUCUGUGAUGAACCUCAUGUCUUUCAAAAUGGAGCCAUGCUUAAGCCUGCUGUUUGUUCAACAGGAGGAGGUAAGUGUGUAUUUGCCUUGAAAUGUUCUCAAGCACUGGGUGUCAUGAGGUAAGGGGAGAUAACUGAUGAUGCUGCUGAUGACAUAGCAACAGGAGCUGAGGUGGUUGUAUUGCUGAUAGCUAUGACGAGAGCAGCCUGUAAUUCUGCCAGAAAAGCUACAAUCUUUGAACCGUUCCCCACAGUAGUAGACCCAGCCAACCCCCAAGAACUUGUGCUGUCACCAAAGAACAAGGAUUAUGCAAAGGUGAUAAACAUCAUCAAGUCUUUCCUCACUAUCCAGGAGAUGAUGAGGCUUGGCAGCUCGACUCUCAAGAAGGAAAUGGAUGUCCGGAAUGCUAAUGCAUAUCCGCUGCUUCAGUGGAUUAUUGCAAGCAACCGUUCCCACAUAGUGAAGCUCCCACCAGACAGACAACUGAGCUUCAUGCACACACCUCAUCAGUUCCUGUUGAUGAGCAGUCCUCCAGCCAAGGAAGCCAAGUUCAGAGAGGAGAAAGUCAAAUAUGGCAGCACUUUUGCAUUCCAUGGGUCGAGUAUAGAGAACUGGCACUCCAUCAUCAGGGAAGGACUAAUUGUAGCAUCGGGGACUACCAAGCAGAUGAACGGGGCAGCCUACGGCAAGGGCAUCUACCUCAGCCCCUCCUCCAGUGUGUCGUUUGGCUACUCCCGGAUGGGAUACGGAUACUAUAACUCCAAAGGCAAACCUGCAGAACAAGAACAGUCCAAGACCCGUUUCCUGAUGAGUGACAACAUUACGUGUGUGGCGCUGUGUGAAGUGUUGACUUCGUCCAACCUGAAAAAGAACAACGACAUAUGGGUGUGUCCUAGCAUGGACCAUUGCUGUACAAGAUUCUUCUUUGUGUAUGAAGAUGGUCAAGUUGGAGACAACACUAUCAACACACAGAAGGAAAAAUAUAAACAGGAGAUUAUGCGAGCUGUUGCAUACAGGAACAUCUAGUGCCAGCAGGACAAGUUUCCAUGCGACUGAAAGUGGCAGUUCCGGAUCUUUCCAGAGUGUGGAACAUUGAAGACAGGACAUGACAACCAUCAUGACUAAUGGACAUAAUCAUUAACACUUGGCAUCAUGGUGUUUGUUCAGCAAGAUGCCUGCAUAAUAUUGGAAGAAGCUGCUCUGAAAGAAUACAUGUUACUGUCUCAACCAAAUCCAGUUACCAUACAAUGGCAGUGAUGAAGAAAUGUGAUAAAUAUUGAUUACUUAGCUGUACUGUUUGUCAACCAAGAAAAGACAACCAUUUCAGGAAUGCCACUUUUAUUUGACUGAUUUGAUCAUCAGCUUGCUGGUUUCAGUGAUCUGCUUGAAUCACCACCCUACAUGUAGGACAGACUGUUCAGGUGAAAUAUUGUUCUUAAACUGUCAGCUGUUCCUGCAUCAGGGAAAUUGAUAAGUGUUUGAUAUAUUUUAUGACUUGGAACAUAGGGAGUUACUUAAGAUAUGCACCCUCCAUGUACAUAUAGGAGACUAUUGAUCAUCCCCAGUAUAGCAACCCAUCAACAGUGAUGAAGUCUUCACCACAGUUCUCUGCUCAGAGCUCAGUGCUGCAUUUUUGUUGUUGACAAUUUAUUACUUUGCUCCAAGAUAUGAGAAUUAGAAUGAUCUUACAAUCAGUGAUCGACAUUUAACAAUGCUUGCCCACAAUGAUAUAUGACUCAUUGUGUGGAGGAUUGAAUUGGUGUAAUCCUGAUCUUAACCAGUAUCGUCUCACUUGCACAACCUGUUUACCUAUAUGAUGAAAGAAUUGAUGUUUUAUGACUAUGAUUGCUUUGUGCAUGUGGGAUGACCUGAGAUUUAUUGUCUGCUGGAUUCCAGAGAUACAUGAGUCCUUAAUGGCAAUCAAGAGUUGGCUCAUGGAUUUCAACUUCUUUGUUGCUUUUUUCAAUGCAAUGUUUUGAUACAGAUGCUACACACACUUCAUAAAAGGACCAGCAUCAGUACCAAAACAUUAUCCCUUAUGCCCUCUGUCUCCGUCUCCAGAGCCCUGUCAGUAGAUCUGAUAAGGCAGUUAUAGUACUGGAUUUACCCCGGUACCUGAUUUGGUAUCCCAGCCAUUCCCUUGUAAUGAUGACUAGGCUGUAGGACAGUAUGUUACUACUAUCACUGAGCAAUUAUGGCUCUCUGUGAUGAGAUCAAAGUGAAGUAUAAUGGUCCCGUUUAACACCAUGCAUAUGUAGAAUGGAUUGAGAACUCUCAUACUGCAAUGAAAAGUACUUAACAGUCUAGCAUCAACAGUGCUGGGCUCAGCCAAAUAGAGGUUACAGGGUUCAGUAUGGUGUACAGCUGUAGAUCGUAUAGGGUAGUGUAACUACAUCACCACGUUAACAAAACCAUGCCCACAGACAAAGUAUAUGAGGCUUCAUUUGCUUGCUGUUUGUACCUUUUCCUGCUUUAUAAAACCAAAA